ACUCAGUCAGGUAAACUACGUGGCUCGUGUCCUGCAAGAGUGUGGGUUCGGACACCUAAUCUCCAGGGGAUUUCCUUUUCUGCCACUGAAGUUUUCUGACAGCUGGUUCUGACAGGUUCUGACUCCAUUCUGCCAGAUUCCGCCUCGAGGCCGUUAACGCGGAUGUACAUCCGUUACCCUGUCUUUCACGAUGCUUAGAAAUUUUCAGCCGUUAUUUAAAAGCACAGCUUGCCCGUCUGCGUUUGAGCGGACGCACGACUUCUGUUUCCCCCGGAUCCUUGAUCAUCGAGGUCCGCCACGCCUUUUACUGCACGGCGCACGCCACGCCGUUUAGAUUUACGAGAAUCGACAUCCCCCAUCCUCGUGUACGCACAACUUUCCGUGCUAUAUCAUGAGGACCGCACGCCCCCUUCCCUUGAAUUGUCAACAUCAAUCUACCAGUCAUCCUCAUCAGUCUCGUCAGAAUUAUUCUAUCCGGGAACGCCAGACGUCCCGUCACAAGCGACUCACUACACUCUCCGUCUCAACAAUAUUUACCAGAGUAGCGAUGCCAUCGAAGUUUAACAUCUUUAGGGCUUGUAUCUACGGCGCAGUCCUCACAUGGACGGUGAUCUGCCUGGGUAUCGCGGCUCAUUUCCAGAGUCUACUGGUCAUCACAGAUCUCACUCGUUUCGUUCCUUUCACCAUCUUCGUAUGCAGUGCAAGCAUGCUCAUUCUCAUUAUUUUACUUGGAUGUAGCCUGAUUCGGACUACUAAUCCGAUUUCCACGAGAAUCGAGCUUGGGUGCCUCGGACUGCUUGGCACUUUCUGGCUUGCUUUGGGUGCCUUCCUAGCAAGCUCAGACUCAGAGAAUGCAGAUGUAGAAUGCUUUUCGUCCGAUGCACAAACUGAUCCCAUAGAUAUUCCUGGGUUCUCUACAGAGACAUACCAGGCUCAGUAUCGGGUUCUAGAGGCGUUCUCACUUUUCAAUGUUAUUCUCAUAUUGGCGUUCUUGUUGUUCUUGCUAGCGCUCGCAGUAAAACAUCAUUUCCGCGUCAACCGCAAUGUAUGGUACAUUGCUGUCACCGAAUACCCGUGGUUCGGAAAAAACACCUCACAAGCGAAGCUACCAGCACCCGUUAGCAGCCGUUCACGAUCAAGAGGCAGGACCUAUGAUGAGAAGGACUCAACACCCUGGGGGUAUGAGGCAAGGGGCGGGAAUUCACGUUACCCCGAAUGGUCGGCUCAAGGACAUAAUACCCCGGCACGCGCGCACACGGCGGAUAAGUAUAAGAGGAAUGCGUCACCCAGGCGGUGACCUGUAUGAGCCUAUGUGUUUUACAUUUGGGUUUUUAUUGACAUAGAAUGUCGUGUUUUUCCUGGGAAGUCAAAUAUUAUUUGUACUACGUACUAGAUAUCUGGCAUGGCUGUCAAUAUCACGAUCUUUGUUCUUGCAAUGAUUUUCAAUAGCGUCCGC